AUGGCAGCAGCCCUCCUACAACCAUAUUCUCUUGAUGCUAACACCACAGACUUUGGCGUUUUGACGUGCAACAGCAACGCCAACAGGUCUGGCGUUUCUACCAACGCGGCCAACUUUGGCGUUUCCGACUUGCCACGUAGCCGAAAAAACGCUCCAUCGAUCCUAUCCUUCAUUGCCGACUCCUCUCGAUCCCAUCUCUACUCCAAUACGAUCCGCCGCUGCCGAGGACCGAUUGGAGCCGCCGCCGGCGCUGGCCAGCCUCCCCACCGAUGUGCGCGCCGGGUCGCCGCUCCCGCUCCCGCAGCCGAGCAUAGCAGCAGCGGCGGAGCCCCAGCCGCCACCACGUUCCUCCUGCUCUCCGGCAAGUCCGCUCAGGACCAGCAGCUCCUCGCCUCCGCCGCCGGCGAGCUCUCUCUGGCGGAGGAGGGCCGGGGCGAGCUCGCCGUCUCCCUCGCGCUCGACGCCAGCGGGGACGCGGGCUACGAUGCGGCCGCCUACAUGGGCGCGCUCCAGGCGCGGCGCUUCGGGAGGUGGAUGCGUUGGUCGCCGCGGAUGGCAUCCACACACGACCUCGUGAUACAGAACUUCGCCAAACUUCCGGUGGGCGUCGUGUGCGCCACAUACAUGCAGUUCAAAGGCAGAGUUGAUGAUUCGCUUGACAUAUCCACAAGGUACAGUAUAGGUGUGAUCCAACCACACAUCGCAUAG